UUCGAUAAAUAGAAGUGAUUACGCCAAUAUUCCUCCAUGAAAUGAUAUGAGGAUAAAUCGAUCAUUAUUCUGUAAUAACAAGUGACUAGUUCAGUAGGUCAAAGUAGGUGAGGUGAAGUCAGUAACCGCGAGUGAGGCCGACCGGCAUUAGCAACGUUAUUGUGUGGUGAAAAUAAGUAUUCUAAUUACAUAAACAGCGAACUAUACUCCAAAAAUGCUUCUCUACCUUUGCUGUGUGAUCGGUGCGGUGAAUCUGGCGUACUUUUUCGCACAAAUAAUAAAAAUAUUGUACCAAAUAUUUGUUCUCUCAUUCAAAAAGUAUUACCAAUCACACUCGUACCUACGUGAGAAGUAUGGAGACUGGGCAGUGGUGACCGGUAGCACGGACGGGGUCGGCAAGCAGUACGCGCUGCAGCUGGCGCAGAGGGGCCUCAACGUCGUGCUCAUCAGCAGAAACCCCCACAAGCUGCGUGCCGUCGCGGAGGAGAUCGAAUCAAAAUACAAGGUGCAAACGAAGAUCAUAGCUGUUGACUUCAGUGAGGGCACGCAGGUGUACGCUCGCAUCGAGAAGGAAUUGAGUUCCAUUCCCGUCGGUAUACUAGUGAACAACGUAGGCGUGCUGGACGAUCAUCCGAUGCGGUUCUGCGACGCGCCCCUGGAGCGGCUGUGGGAGAUGGUGAACGUGAACGUGGUGACGGCGGUCAGCAUGUGCCGGCUGCUGCUGCCGGGGAUGCUGCGCCGCAACAGGGGCGUCGUCGUCAACGUGUCGUCGGCGGCGGGCUGGCAGGCGAUGCCGCUGAUGGGCGUCUACUCCAGCACAAAGGCCUUCGUCAACACCUUCACUGUAGCGCUGCAGGAGGAGUGCUCGCAGUCAAAUGUCGACAUCAGCUUUCUCUAUCCCUCUUUUAUCGCGUCCAAUAUGACCUCCUUCUCCCAGAGCAUCAGCAGGGGUGAUCUGUUCACUCCAGACGCAGCGUCGUUUGCUGAGCAAGCUGUCAAUGCUAUCGGGUCCUUCCCCAUGACUGCUGGCUAUUGGUUACAUAUUUUGCAGUUGGAGCUGUUUCUGCUGCUGCCGAGCUGGGUGCGGACGAAGCUGUCGGGGCGAGCGCUGCUCAAACUCAGGUCAGAGUAUGAGGAAACAUUGAACAAUAAACAACAAUGACAUUGUUUUGUUUUAUCAUUCA